AUGUAUACAAAACAUGAUAAUCCAACAACAUGGUGGUCGAUGAUACGCGAUGAAACUAACGGAAACAGUCUAAAAGACAUAGCAUUACAAUUAUUUUCAAUAGUUCCACAUGCCGUUAUGCCAGAACGUUUAUUUUCAAUGUUAGAUUGGCAAAAUACAAAACGAAGAAAUAGACUAAGCCCAUUCACAUUGGAAAGUGUAUCAAAAAUUUACACGUAUCAUAAAAAUGCUUCUAAUAAUGAAUCGCCUAUCGAUAUGGAAAAAAUUGAGAAAUGUUUAUCGGACGAGUUGAAAGCUGCAACAGAAAAAAGCCCGACGAUAACCACAAAUGAUUUAUCAAAUAGUUUAGAAACAUUUAUGCAAACAGUCGAUGAGAAUCAACGAAUUUUAUGCGAAUUAGCUGGUACCGAUACAAUUGACGAACAAAAUAUUGAAGAUAAAGAUCUGUUGGAUUUAACUACAAUGAUCAAUCAUGACGAUCGAGAAUUGACAAAAAUGUUUGUUGAUGUUGGUCUGGCAGAAGAAGAGAGUAAUGGUGAAGAUGAUGAAAGUAUUCCAAUAGAAGCGACCGAUGAUGACGGUAACAAUGACGAUUACAACAUCGAUGAUAUUCUUGGUCCUCUAUUUGUUGAAAGAACAUAG